AAUCAACUUUCUUUCUCAAUAUUUCCUCUGUUUCUUCCUCUCUUCUCCUUAUCUGCACAGCAUUUGGGCUAAGUAUUCAAAGCCAUGUUGCCAAGGAGUCGUACCCUUCCAAGCAGAAUCCACCAUGGUGUUGUAGAAGAAAGGCAAGACAUCAGGCACUACUUACAAGUAGAAGUUCAACCUAAAGCACGUCAAGAGGCCGAGGCAAUGAACCCUCAAUCGAACUAUACCAAGUGUUUUGAUGACGAUGGCCGUUUAAAGAGAACAGGGACUUUUUGGACUGCAACAUCCCAUAUAGUCACUGCUGUCAUAGGUUCAGGAGUGUUGUCAUUGGCAUGGGCCAUAGCUCAGCUUGGUUGGGUUGCAGGACCAAUGGUCUUGGUCCUCUUUGCCAUCGUCAAUCUGUGCACUUCCAACCUCCUCUCUGAGUGUUACCGGUCUGGUGAUCCGGUCACAGGACAGAGGAACUAUACCUACAUGGAUGCUGUCAAGGCUAACUUAGGAGGAAAGAAGGUUGUGCUAUGCGGGUUGAUCCAGUACUUGAAUUUGUUCGGAGUGGCAAUUGGGUAUACCAUAGCAGCAUCAGUCAGCAUGAUGGCAAUAAAGAGAUCAAACUGUUUCCACAAGAGUGGAGGAAAAGAUUCAUGUCACAUGUCAAGUAAUGGGUAUAUGAUAACAUUUGGGAUUGCGGAGGUGAUUUUUUCUCAAAUCCCAGAUUUCAAUCAAGUAUGGUGGCUCUCCAUAGUUGCAGCAAUCAUGUCCUUCACUUACUCCUCUGUUGGUCUUGGACUCGGUAUUGGCAAAGUUGCAGAAAACGGCGUGUUCAAAGGAAGCCUGCUGGGUAUCAGCAUAGGAACAGUAACAACACAUGCUGGGAGGGUCACCGCAAUGCAGAAGCUAUGGCGGACUUUACAGGCGCUCGGAGCUAUUGCUUUUGCCUACUCAUACGCUGUCGUCCUCAUUGAAAUUCAGGACACAGUAAAAUCUCCUCCGGCAGAGUAUAAAACCAUGAAAAAAGCAACUUUAUUCAGCAUAACUGUGACCACAGUGUUCUAUUUGUUCUGUGGAUGCCUGGGAUACGCAGCUUUCGGCGACAAUGCCCCCGGAAAUCUACUAACGGGCUUUGGAUUCUACAAUCCUUACUGGCUCGUGGACAUUGCUAAUCUCGCCAUUGUCAUCCACCUUGUCGGCGCAUACCAGGUGUUCUGCCAGCCUCUGUUUGCUUUUGUGGAGAAAUGGUGCGCUCAGAAUUGGCCCAACAGUGAUUUUGUAACGGCGGAAUACGAGAUUCCCAUCCCUUUCUUUGGCGUUUACCAGCUGAAUGUCUUCCGCCUGGUAUGGCGGACUGUGUUUGUAGCGACAACGACUAUCAUUGCCAUGCUCUUGCCCUUCUUCAACGAUGUCGUUGGGUUUCUUGGAGCAAUGGGAUUCUGGCCAUUGACAGUAUACUUCCCCAUUGAGAUGUAUAUCUCACAAAAGAAGAUCGGACGAGCAACCAGCCGUUGGCUGGCCCUGAAACUACUUAGCGUGGUUUGUUUCUUUGUCACGGUGGCGGCCGCCGUGGGAUCCAUUGCCGGAGUCGUUCUUGAUCUCAAAACUUACAAGCCGUUUAAAACUAGCUACUAAAAGUCAUGCAGGAGUCCAUAAAAUUAAUGGUUAUAAUUAUAUGCAGAUUGUGGGUGAAGAAGAACCAAUAAUCCUGUUACUAUAAUGAAAAUUUCAAUAUAUUACACCCAUGGAAAAAAAAAUUAAAGGAUAUGUUUGGGA